AUGGCGUCUAAUUCAACACUUGAAGUUGAUAAUCAUGAGAUCAUCUUUUACAAAAAACUCGAUGAGUACAUUAACUCAUUGCAUGAAAAAUAUCGUAAAAAAAGUGUUAUCAAACAGCAUAUUUAUAAUGAUAUUCUGCAAUGUUUGUCGUUACCUAAAGGAAAAUCUUCUGAAUCUCAUUCUCCAAAAUUUAUUUAUUGGGCAAAAUGCCAUUUUAACAUAGUUAAAAUUGCUGGAAAUGAUAUUGUAAUCUGUAUCAAAUCUAAGAAACCAGUUUGUGUGUAUGAAGCUUUCUACAAAAUUAUAUUCGAAGCACACAAUACUGUUUCACAUGGUGGUCGAGAAAAGACCUAUUCUGAAAUAAUUUCGCAAUAUUCAUGGGUUCCUCGAUAUUUCAUCGAAUUAUUUUUGAAACAAUGUCUACCAUGUCAAACCAGAAAGCCAAUUAAACAGCAUGUUGCUUCAAAACCAAUUAUUUCCUUGGGCGUUAUGACACGUCUACAAAUAGAUCUUAUAGAUAUGCGUACAAGACCCGACAAAAUAUCAUCUGACAUUGUAUACUGCUGGAUUUUGAAUUGUAUUGAUCACUUUAGCAAAUUUUCAUGGGCUUACUCAUUAAAAAAUAAAACAGCUGCUGAAGUCGUUACAAAAUUACGUGAAUUAUUUUUUGUUUUCGGUCCACCUCGCAUAAUACAUAGUGACAAUGGACGUGAAUUCGUUUCAAGUGUUAUCAUGGAAUUAAAAAACUUUUUUCCAAAUUUAUCAUUUAUUCGAGGACGGCCAAGGCAUCCACAAAGCCAAGGCUGUAUCGAAAGGGCUAACGGCAUUUUAUGUGAUGCUCUUGGCAAAUGGAUGUCCACCAACAAUUCAUCGAGCUGGUCUACUGCUUUAUUACCUGUUAUUUAUGGUAUAAACACCAGAAAAUCUACAGUUACCAAAGCAACACCAUAUGAAAUUAUGUUCGGACAAAGACCAAGAUCAGAUUCUGAUUUCUGGAAGUUAGUUCAGGAAGCUGGUAUUGAAGAUGAAGAAAAUCUUCCAACUCCAGUAGACGAAAUAAAUGAUAAUAUGGUUCAUGAUGCUCCUGAUAAUCCAAAUGAUAUUGAUGAACAUAUUGAUACUGAAGUAGUUGAAAUUAAUGAACAAUUAUCUGAUAAUUUGAGUUCUUAUUCAUCAACAACUUCAUCAUUACAAUUAAUUAAUGCAUCAACAACAUUAACAUCAUCAUCAGCUGACGUAAUAACAACACCUACCAGACAUGAUAAGAUUCGUAAAAUUGCUACUGAUCAUUAUCUUGCAACAGCAAAUAAAAAAAUGAAAUUAUACCAUGACAGUUUAAAUAUGAUCGCCAAUAAUUUUAAUAUAAAUGAUUGUGUUGGAAUAGAAAUACAUGCAGUUGAUCGAACCAACACCGAUCCAAAAUAUUUGCCAUGCCGAAUUAUUGAAAAAAAUGAAAAUGAUAAUGGUUUUUUAUACAAAUUAAUAUGCCAAUAUGGUGUUUUACAAAACGCUUUUGAAGUUGGACAAUUAAUAAAUUUAAAUGAUGCAUGUCCUGAUGAAUUAAAAAAAAUUAAUGUUGAUGAUUUAAAACCAAUUACUCUUAUUGAAGCAUCGAAACUUUAUGCUCGUGGUUGUGUGACUGGACGUACUUGUAAUUGUCGUAGUAAAUGUUCAACAAAAACUUGUCCAUGUAAACGAUCAAACGUCUCUUGUUCUACCAAAUGUCACUCGAAAAAAGGUACCUGUUCUAACAUGGAGUAG